AUGUGGAGGGUGGCGGGAUUGAAUGCCGUGAGCCUUCAACGAGUUCGCGACUCUUCGUUGGAUCCGUUUCGCAGCGUGGCGACCGGCGCAUUCACUAGAGACUCUCGGACCCUAAGUUCAGGAAGAUUGCCGCGGCAAAAGCUUCUGUGCAAUAAUACUAACGACCUUAACUCACUUUCUCGAAAAUCUUUACUAACAACUCCGAAACGAUCUUUAGCUGGACGAUCACCGCAAUCAGUCUCGCCACCACACUCCUACAACUCCACUACUUUGAGUUCUCCACGCACCGGCUCACGCAAUGUGUCCAAUUUCGCAACGGGUAUCUCAUCGUCCUUUGACGACACUGACGGAUCCUUACGAUCUCCAUCAGGAAAACGUCACUCCACCAUUGUGGGGCCAACAGACAUGAACGUCCGAGCACACAGUGAAGAACUCGCGCUAUCCAUCAACCAGAUACAGUCGCGAAGAGGAAUCUGA